CUCUCUCUCUCUCUCUCUCCUCUCUGUCUCCCUCCUGCUUUCCUUUGUCCCUCGCCUCCCACCUCUGGUGUAAGCGCAUGGCAGGGCAGCAGAAUCGGUAAUGAAGAAAGUGCCCAAUUUAGCCUCCUCAGCCGCACGCUCCUCUGAGAUGUGCUUCCUGCCUGCCUCUCUGCCUGGGUGCAGCGAGGCGGGAUGCUGUGAGUGGCUGAGCUAGAGCUGACAUCACAGGGGCCAGCUGUUGAUUUGGUGCUGUCUCUGAGGCUGGGGCGAGUCACUGACUCUGUCAGGCGCCUACUGAGGGGCUCUGGCAGGUAGACACACACACACACGAACCCACGACGAUAGGAGGCUGUGUGAGACUGCUGCAGGGAGCGAGUCACUGACUCUGUCAGGCGCCUACUGAGGGGCUCUGGCAGGUAGACACACACACAAACCCACGACGAUAGGAGGCUGUGUGAGACUGUUGCAGGGAGCGAGUCACUCCAAGCAGCUACGUCCUCCUCAACCAAUGCUGCCUUGGGUACUACGGACUCCUCCAACAGCUUGCAAUGAACAUAAGGAGGGCUACUAUGUGGCAGGUCUGUGAUGGCCAUGAGCAUCUUGGAGGGCAGUGCCACCGAGGCCGUUCAGAUCUGGACACCAGAGACUCCGAGCUGGUGCUAAGGACAUGGGACUCUCCCUCAGAGUUAGCGACAGGCUCAGCAGCACGAGACGUUACAGUGACAAACCAGCGGUGGUGCAGGACUGCUGCCCUCAGAGCCUUCUCACCCCCUGCAGGACGUCACCACCACAGGCCCAGCAGCUCCCAGACCCCAGUAACAGCAGUGUUGUAUAGAGACUCUCUGUAAGCUGUGCGUCUGAUGAGGAUGUCUGAUCCUGUUACUGUAAAGGACAUCAGUAGGACUGAGACCAUGAAGGUUUGUGAGGCUGGAGUGGAGCUGGAGGCAGCAGACUGGACCGACACCACAACAUUAGGAGCAGACAGCAGACAGAACGGUGUGAAGGACAAACCCAAACCGUCUGGGAGCCUGGUGCCGGAACACAAUGCCACCGGUCACCAAGACGGAAGCUGCUGUGACAACAAGAGGGAAACGUCACAGCAGCAGUCUCCUGUAUCAGCUGGCCAGUCGGUGAGGGGCUCUAAGUCCAGGGCCAAGGUAAAGUUAGUACGGAGCCUGGCUGUCUGUGAAGAGUCCUCUCCUCCCUUUCUAACUGCACACCAGCUGACUCCAGAUCCUCAGAUAUCCCAGUCCUUUGAUAAGGAGGAGCUGUCUGCCAAGGAGGAGAAAGAGAAGGUGGAGAAACCAGAGAAGAUGUCCAGGAAAAUGCUGUCAAGAGAUUCCAGCCAGGACUACACAGACUCUACUGGAAUAGACCUGCAUGAGUUCCUGGUCAACACUCUAAAGAACAACCCCAGAGACAGAAUGAUGCUGUUGAAGUUGGAGCAGGACAUUCUGGAUUUUAUCAGUAAUAAUGAAAGCCAGAAGAGGAAGUUCCCUCCCAUGACUUCGUACCAUAGAAUGCUGCUACAUCGAGUGGCUGCCUACUUUGGCAUGGAUCACAAUGUUGACCCCACUGGGAAGUCUGUCAUCAUCAACAAAACUAGCAAUACAAGAAUACCAGAUCAAAAAUUCUCAGAACACAUAAAAGACGACAAAACGGAUGAUUUCCAAAAACGCUACAUUCUCAAAAGAGACAACGCCAGCUUCGACCGGGAAGACGGCAUGAUACGAAUGCGCCUGAAAGACGACAGGAGAAGCAAAUCUAUCGAGGAGAGGGAGGAAGACUAUCAGAGAGCCAGGGACAGGAUAUUUGCACCAGAUGGAGAUCAUUUCCACCUAGAUGGAAGGAGCCCUGAUGAAGAGGCUUGUAUCAGCACUCAACAGAGGCGGCAACUCUUCAGACUAGGGGACGGGCGGUCAGCCAGCAGUAGACAGAGCAGCUCUGAGAAUGACCCCAAGAACUGUGAUGCCCGGCCGUGGAGCAGCACUGAUUCAGACAGCUCCAACCGUAACCUGAGGCCGACCAUGACCAAGGCCAGCAGCUUCAGCAGCAUCUCUGUCCUCAUCAGAGGAGACAGCUCAGCCAGCAGCAAGAGCACUGGACGCCUCUCCAAAACAGGUUCUGAGUCUUCUAAUAGUGUAGGGUCUUCUACGAGUUCCAUCUCUCGCCCCCAAGUACUCCACCUGCCUCUCCCUGUCCCAGCUGCUCUAACCCAGGCAGCCGGCCCUGUCGGGGGCCCCAGCACGGUGCUACCUACACCCUCCUCCUCCUCUGCGUCCUCCGCUGCCACGGCCCCCAGCAGUAGUAGAGCUUCUGUACACUGUGAUCGGGGCAGCAGGAAUGGCCCGGCACCUGCAUCCGGCCCAGCGCCAACCCAGGCCACUGCUAAUGCUACUAGUUACUAUUUGCUUCCCCCAGAAGCCACAGGGAUACCGCCUGGCAGUAUACUGGUCAACCCACACACAGGCCAACCCUUUGUGAACCCUGACGGCAGUGCUGUGGUCUACAACCCCUCGAUGACCUCACAGCAAGGUGGGAGGAGCCAGCAGUCCUUGGCCCCUCCCCUACCACCCCCAGCCCCGCACCAGCCAACCAAUCACGUCCUCUCCCAGCCGGUUCGGCAUCUCCAGCCCUCUGCUCCACAGCCGAUCCAGUACUCAACCAUCUCUUACCCUCCUCCUCAGUUCCUGCCACUCUCCUCUAACCAACAAUACACUUUGCAAGAAGGGCUGGCUGCCCAGUUCAGCCACAUGAGUGUGGUGCGCCAGGCGUCCAGCGACGUCACUAACGGUGGCCCCCACCCUGCCAUGUACCCCUCGGGCCCUGUGGUGCUCCAGGCCCCCCUGCAGCACCAGCAGACUGGCUACAUGGUGGCCCCUCCAGGGCCCCCUGUGGUGGGGCAAACCCAGGCCUACCCCGGCCCUGCACACCCUAUGAGCCAGCCGGUCAUGCAGCAGCAGCAGGGCUACAUGCCACAGCAGAUGCACACAUGUUACUGUGCUCCAGCCCAGGACCCCCACUCCCACUGCAACCAGCACUAUCGCCCUGUCAGCCCCGUGCACUACACCAGCCCCCAGAACCAGCCUCUUCCCCAGCAGCCAGGUUACCACGCUGUGAUGCCAAAUCAGCCCCAAGUCCCUCAGCAUCAGAACCUGGUGAACAACCAGCAGCACAGCAAUAUGGGAAAUCACAUGACGGCCUUCAUGGUCCAGUACCCUUCAAUGCCGUCUUAUCAGGUAUCAAUGCCCCAGGGGUCUCAGAACAUGCCUCCACAUCAGCAGGCAUGUCAACAGCCCAUGAUGAUCCAGAGCCAUCCAAGCCAAGCUCCCAUGGCCAUGUCAGGCAUGCAGGUUUACUACAGUGUCAUGCCCCCAAAUCAACACAGCACCAUGAGUCCAUCGAUGGGUUUCUUACCUCCUGCUGGGGCAGAGCAGAUGCAGUUUCCCCGGGCUUCGUCUCCGUGUGGAACCCAGCAGCUACCAGGACAGCAGUGCUCAGGUGUGCUCCCCGGUCCUCACAGUGGUGGGAUGGUGAUGAUGCAGCUGACCCUGCCCCCUAACCACCAGCCCAGAGCCCACUCCCCUCCACAGUGGAAACACAACAGAUACUACAGUCUGGAUCACACACGCAGCCAGAGGUCCUCAGAACAACUAAAUAACUCACAGAACAGUCCUCAGCUGGGCGGCCCCAGCACGCCUCCAGCCCAGCCCCAAGCCCCAACCCACCAACUCACCUCCAUAAAGAACCUCCGCUCGGCCGGCCUCACCCCCAUCCCCAUAAUGACCCAGUUCCCCAGACCCUUCGGCCCAGGGCAGGCAGUGGACGGCAGAUACCCAUUGCUGGGUCAACCCCUCCAGUACAACCCUGCCAUCAGGCCUCCGCUGAUCCAUGGCACACACCACAUGAUCCCCAACCACCACCACGGCCCAAUGGGAAUCCGGCAUCAUGGGGGGCGAGGGAGGAGACCACCACCUAGGAAGUCAUUAUCAUCAGAUCUUAGUGUAGGUGACCCAGUGAACGGUGGAGUCCUGGAGGUGCUGGAGCUACCAGAGGGCAUCAGUCGUACGGAGGCAGACUCUCUCCUGGGGGAACUGUACAGAGGAGGGGCCAUGAUCAAGUGGUUGUCUGAGACCCAACAGCACCAACACCAGUCUGGUGAAACCCUGCUGAAGCACUGUGGGGCUGGGGGGGACGGUAACAACGGUGACACAAACACUGACACUACUUCCUGUUCCAAACCCCCCAGUAGUAACCAUAAUGACCUGGCGUCCACCUACACCAUCCUGGCUGUGUUUCCCUCCAGGUACGCAGCUCAGAACGCCUUGCUCAGACACAGUGGCCCUGCCGGCCCUGGACCCAUUCUUACCACCACGUUCAAACUCAGAACUAGCAAGAGACACUCUGAUGAGUUUCACAACCAGGAGAGGACCACCUCUCAAUAACAGGGUAGGGUGCUGUAGCCAGCCAACCAGGAGAGGACCACCUCUCAAUAGCAGGGUGGGGUGCUGUAGCCAGCCAACCUGGAGAGGACUUGCUCUCAAAAGCAGGGUGGGGUGCUGUAGCCAGCCAACCUGGAGAGGACUUGCUCUCAAAAGCAGGGUGGGGUGCUGUAGCCAGCCAACCUGGAGAGGACUUGCUCUCAAAAGCAGGGUGGGGUGCUGUAGCCAGCCAACCUGGAGAGGACCACCUCUCAAUAGCAGGGUGGGGUGAUAUGUUACUAGGGCCCCUGAGAGGUUGUUCUAGGGGCUCCCACGGGCUACCUUGAGGGGCUGCCGGUCACGGGCCCUCGCCAUGGCCCCUCCACCCCACCACCACCUCCACUGCUGCCAUCGGCCAACCAAUCACACACCCCUCUUCUGCAAGCAUCACUCACUAGUCUCCACUCCCCACCGGACUGACAGACAGACUGAUGGAGUAUCACUCGCUAGUCUCCACUCCCCACCGGACUGACAGACAGACUGAUGGAGUAUCACUCGCUUGGCAUUACCUAACAGCUUUUUCACUUGAGUUGUAGAGGCUUUCUGUGAAUGUGUUAAUGCCUUUGGAACGUUCUCUACUUUAUGAGAUGAAAAUGUGUAAAAAAAGGAUCUGACAACACACCAAUGUUGAAACACAAAGACACAGACAGAAAAACAGGAAUGAAGUUCCUAAAGUGUCAUAUUUUAUUUGCAGACAGAACAUGGAAGCAGCAUGUUUUAUUUGAUUUCGUUUUAUGUUUAAAAGCUGCAGUCAGAACACCCAAAGCAGGGUUGUACUCAUUCAUUACAAUAAUAUACCAAGUGUCUCUCAUUGGACAAGAGUGUCUCUCAUUGGACAAGAGUGUCUCUCAUUGGACAAGAGUGUCUCUCAUUGGACAAGAGUGUCUCUCAUUGGACAAGAGUGUCUCUCUUUGGACAAGAGUGUCUCUCUUUGGACAAGAGUGUCUCUCUUUGGACAAGAGUGUCUCUCAUUGGACAAGAGUGUCUCUCAUUGGACAAGAGUGUCUCUCAUUGGACAAGAGUGUCUCUCAUUGGACAAGAGUGUCUCUCAUUGGACAAGAGUGUCUCUCAUUGGACAAGAGUGUCUCUCAUUGGACAAGAGUGUCUCUCAUUGGACAAGAGUGUCUCUCUUUGGGCCGGAUUCUGAUGUUGAGAUCUGCAACGGAUAACUCCAGAUUUCAGUUUAAAAUGUCCUGUUGAUUUACACGAAAGCCUGAGUUGUGCCGGCGUAUAAUAUCAAGUUAGGAUUUGGCCCGUAGAGUCAGUCUCCCGUUAGCCAGUUGGUGUGCUACUACAACAGAAGAUUAGUCUUCUAGAACAAGGUUGUGUCCCAAAUGGCACCCUAUUUCCCUAUAUAGUGCACUACUUAGGUCCCAUAGGGCUGUGGUCUUAUGAGCCCUAUGGGACCUGGUCUAAAGUAGUGCACUAUCUAGAGAAUAGGGUUCUAUUUGGGACUUAGCCCAACAGAAUGGUGCCUUCUAACUGGGCUCGGGUGCCACUAUCCAUCCCUCUCCCCAACACCCCUAAAGACACCCCAUCCAAUUCCAUUUGUAUAAACUCUGACCCACCCAUUUCUUUCACAAUCAAUCAUCACUGAUAUGGUAGCUAAAUUAUUCUCACUUUUCUACACAGUUAAUGGUAUGUUUGCAUUGGCACAAGGGAGAAAUGUUUGUUUUGAUAGUGGUUUAUUGUUUUUAAGGAAAAGAUGAGAAGAACCUUGGUGCAUCUCAUUGAUGGUUUAUUCUAUUUGAGCUAUUCUAAAAUGAAUGUCCUUCUCACCAACCCUCCUCUCUGUUCAGUCCACCCAUUCCCUGGUUAUGUAUCAAAUGGCACCCUAUUCCCUAUGGGCCCUGGUCAAAAGUAGUGCACUAUAUAGGGUGGCCAGGCCAAAUUCCUUUCAUGUUUAGUUCGUUUUACCGUUCGUAUCCUAUCAGAAGGGUCACUGGAAAAGUCGCAUUAUUCACAACACACCCCAACCCCCAUCACACCCCCAACCCCAUCCCAACCCCCAGCACACCCCCAACCCCAUCACACCCCCAACCCCCAUCACACCCCCAACCCCAUCCCAACCCCCAUCACACCCCCAACCCCAUCCCAACCCCCAGCACACCCCCAACCCCAUCACACCCCCAACCCCAUCCCAACCCCCAUCACACCCCCAACCCCAUCACACCCCAAACCCCCAUCACACCCAAACAAAUGUCUAUUAAAGAUGGUUGUUGGUGGUGGAUUCAGGAGAGAUGUCCAGUCUGCUGGUGCAACAUGUUUUUAUGUCUGUUUGAAGCCAAUAAAUGUUUACACCAAAA